AUGUAUAAUGAUGAAAACAAACAAUCAAGAGUUGUCAGAAUCUCUGCCUCCACAGAGAAACAAUCUAUACAGUUUGAUGAUGAGAGUAAACCUCUUUACUCAUGCGGUGCUUCUGAUAAAUACAUAUGUGAGAACAGAAACCUUGAUAUCUGUGUGGCUGACUGUGGAGCUAAAGCAAUAGUGGUGGUCAAUCAAGCCGGGAAACUAAGGUUUAGAUAUAAUGGACAUAUUCCUAACCCACAGAAUAUACCAUUCAAUCCAAGAGGAAUCACUAGAGACAGCCAGAGUCAUAUUCUGACAAGUGACGAUAACAAUCACUGUGUUCACAUCAUAAAUGAGGAUGGUCAGUUCCUACAUUACAUAGGCUGUGAGAAACGUGUUACAUUAUGUGGGUUGUGUACAGAUACAGAGGACAAUUUGUUCCUUUUUGGUUACGGACAUCCCUCAUUCAUGUUAGAGUCUUGUGUGUUGAAAAUAAAAUACUUAGAUUAA